UUCCGGUUAAUACACGUGGUCCGGUAUACAUACACAGUUAUUAACCGGUAACAAGGUGACGGACAGGUAGAUCAACUCAUUAGAAUAUUGUGUACGAGGUUCCUCACGAAUCGGGGAUAUAGAACUGUAAACAAUGUCGGAGGAGUUUGAGGACAAGGUUAAACACUACAGAGACAUGGGGAAGUCGGCCUUUGUCAUUGGAUAUACGGGAGAGUGUGGGAAGGAGCUAGUCAAAGCCUUGUCUAAAAAUAGAAUAUUUAACAAAGUUGUCCUCAUUGGUCGUCGGAAAGUGGAGCUGAACCCUGACCCCGGGCCAGAGUUUGAACAGAAAGUUAUUGAUUAUGACAAACUGGAGGAAUACAAAGAGGCGUUCGAAGGAUCACAAGUUGGUUACUGUUGUUUGGGAACUACGAGAGGGAAAGCAGGAAAGGAAGGAUUCAUCAAAGUCGAUCGGGAUUAUGUACUGAAAAGUGCAGAGAUUGCCAAAUCUAAUGGCUGUCAACAUUUCAGUGUGGUGACGGCUUCUACUGCGGAUAAAAACAGCAUGUUUCUCUACGUGAAAACAAAGGGAGAAGUAGAAGAUGCUCUAACAAAGAUGGCGUUUGACAAAUUAUCUAUAUUUAAACCAGCAAUGCUGUUGUGUGAUCGCGGGGAGAGACGCGUAGUGGAAAGGGUUGCUUUGACAUUGAUGAAACCGUGGAUUUACAUGUUCCCCACAAAAGGAUCCGUGCCAACGUCUUACGUAGGGAGAGCAAUGGUCGUGGAUACAGUGACACCUGGUGACGAGAAACUCAGAGUCCACAACAAUGAACAGAUACAUGGCUUGGUCAGGCAGGACGAGAACAAGAAAUGAGACUGCGACUAAACGUCACAAAAUGACGUCAUAUUUCAAUGUACGAUUUUAAUUGGGUCUCUGUAUAUACAUGGAUUAUCAAAAAGCUUUGAUAUCGUUCCUCAUAGGCGCCCAGGAAACAAAUAACGUGCAUAAUGAAUUAUAGGUGAAAUGAUGCUAUGGGUCUUAUUUAUUUUGAGCGGAAGUAUCCAAUCGGAACCCCUCGUCAUUUUCCCCUACGUUCGCAGACGGAGGCGUGGUGUUCCGAUUGCGGAAGUAUGCAGCGCGUAUCUAGACAAGAUGUGCAUUCCGAAUGGACAGAUGUCACGUCAGGGACCCCAAAGGGAUCAGAUCAUAGCCCUCUACUGUUCGUGAUAUUUAUUAACGAUCUACCAGAAAUAGUAAAUUCUGGUAUUAAACAUGUUUGCCGAUGAUACAUAGAUUUUUGAAGUUAUUACAAAACAAGAGGAGGAACGCACUUUACAUCAUCACCUGUAGACGAUGAGUACCUGGAGCAACACCUGGCUUUAAAGAUCAUGGAAAAUGCAAUUAUACAUGGAUAUGGAACAAUCUUCCGGAAGAUGUUGUUUAUUGCUAAUAAUUUAAAACUGGAAAUGAACUUAAAACACAAUUUGUAUAAUAGUAAUAGAUAGAGGAACUGUUUCUGUUCGUGGACUGGACAAUAACUAUGACUAACUAAACUUUAACUAUUUCAUAUGAGUUUUUAUGUAAUGAGUCACGAGAAGUUUUUAUUUCUGCUAGCAAAAUUAGAAACGGCGAGACGAGUUUCCUUAAAAUCUCACAAGAAAUGAAGACAUAUUAACAAAAUUAAGAUCCUAAUUCUUGACGGGUUAGAAAGUCAAAAUCUUGAGGACAAAUCAAACACAGCCGUUUUGUGACAUUAAUUUCAAUUCAUUGCUAAACGUCAAUAUCCAUAUUGUGACAUCACAAACAACUUAUGACUGGCGCGGCCAAAACAAAAUGGCCCAUGGUAUAUUGCACUUAGUGACAUGUACGUCAAUGUUAUUCACUGGAUAUCAGGGCAUGAUCAAAUAUUUACCAUUGUAUGGCACUGCCACUAUAUAACCCUACCAGUUCAGUUGCGAGUUCACCAGCUUAUGAACUGCCAACUGAAAUUUGAAUUUGAAAAUUUCAAAAAAAAUCGCACGACAAAUAAAAAAUCGCAGAUGGUAAAUAUAAGCAUUGAACAGCUUUCAGUUGGCAUUCAUAGUUAAUAUGAAUGCCAACUGGACAGAGGCAAAUUCAACAUGAAGCGCGCGUUCAAUGCUUAAAUGACUUCAAACAACACGUUUGGCCCAAUGGUGAUGUUCAGGAUAGUAAUAUUUGUACAUUAUUGACGUCUUGCUAAAAGCGAGGAUUGCAUCGAAAUAUGGCAAUUUAAUUCUCGGUACUGUCACAGUUACUUUAUUGACGACAUAAACUACUGUAUAUAUUUGAGACAAAGGCUUGUAUCGUUGUCAUGGUAAUAAAUGAAUAAUUCAUAAUUAUAAGUGAUUCGUGCAAGUCAUGCCAUAACAAGGAUGUUGAUGGCUUCAUCAACUCCACAAUUCAAAUACAUCGCAGCUUAAUAUGUCUUCUAUAUUUAUGAUCGUAUCUGUCUUGUAUCCAAUCACCCAUGGCACCAAAAGACAAAAGAUCAGACACAAGUCUUAAUAUUAUCGAGUUUGGAGUGCUUGGGCUUUGAAAUGCGCUGUUUUCAUUAUACAUUAUGAUGUUCCUAAGUAUUAACUAUGUAAUAUAGUUUAAACUGUUAUUUUAAUUAUGUUAUGUUCAAUAAAUGACUAUAUAAUUUAAAAA